AGGUCAGAGGUCACGUUAAGGUUGUGUACACGGUGCCAUGGUUGUGCAGGUAUGUUUGCGUGCGAGAUCGCCUAGAUUCUUGCGUCUUGAUUCGCUUAGACCGUGAUCUAAAGAUUGUUCCGACCCGAGACAAAGGAGCGGGGCGGUUCUGGAUCAAGUGGAGCCUGGAUUGGAAGGCAGAACGGUCGCAGGAAAGAACUGAGUUGAGCGACACAGUUUUUUUUCGCGACUAGGAUAUCACAGACACUAACGGUGCCUUCCGGAGUUCUAGUUUUGUGGACAACGUAGUUUCAUGUUUUAGUAGAUCAGAACACGAUCUGGGUAGUUUCAGGACCUGAUUUUGUUCACCAGGAAGAUGUGAAGAAGGAAUACCGUCUUCGGCGUUCGAGAUAGAAAAUGGCUUCCAGCGUUCCAUCCAUCCAGGACAGAACUCUGAACUUUGAUUUUGACAUUCUGAACGCCCAAUUUAACCACAAUGGGCGCUACUUCCUGAAACUGUCGGUAAAGAACCCCAUGUUUGGUGUGGACGGCAUCUCUGUGAGACUGAACGAUGCAGAACCAGGACAGGAAAAGGACGAGGCAGAGGAACAAACGGAUAUUGUGGAGCAGACUGAUAUCGAUGCCCUGUCCACCUUCCAGAACCACAAGUUCACCUUCCUCCUGCCCAGAGGUUUCUGUAAGAAUGAUGAACAACAUGACGUCUUCCUACUCCUGGAAGCCUUCAGCCUCCCUGCAGACAGCAGUGCAGCUGGCCACAAGGUCGGGGAGGCGAAGUUUGCCAUCUACCCCCGCACCAACGCCCCGCGGAUCAACCUGAAGGCAAAACACCACGAGGACUUGUACAACUACAGUGGAAUCAUGACUCUACUGAGGACACUCAGUACGGAGUCUAUAUCCAUGCACUGUGGUCGGAUCAAGUAUCACGUGUCCUUUCACGAUAACAGAGAUAAAGCGCCACAGCCUCCGCGACAACCGACACCACCAGUACGCCAACCACAGCCGAGAACGCCAACCCCUCCCCCUCAACCACGGAGAGUGAGAACACCAACCCCCUCCCCUCCACCACCGCGAGAGCCCACACCCCCUCCUCGUGAGCCGACGCCCCCUCGAAGAGAAGAGCCCCCCUCUCGACUAGAUUUUCAGGUGGAGUCGCCGGUACCCACAGAUGGCCCAGCUAGGAGGACCACAGACUCUGCUCUGGGUGACUGGCAGAAGCCAGGGAUGUAUGACUCUGGGUUUGCACACGUUGCUGUCCCGGGGAAGACUGAGCUGUACGUGAUCCUGCACGGUGCCAGAAACCUGCCUGCUCUGGAGGACGGUCGUCAGCCCCUGCCUUUUGUUGCAGUGAAAACUCGUAGUGAUGAGCUUGCUAACCGCCCUGCCCAGGGUACAACACGCACACCGAUGCAGGCCACACAUCUGCCCUGGUGGGAGGAGGGAGUCAACGUGGUCAUGCCGGAGUCAGGGGCUCAGGACGACGCCCUGAUGCUGACAGUUGCAGACAGCCCGACCAAACAGGUGUUGGUUCAGUAUGAGUUACCUGUUCACCACCUCAAGCCUUUCCACCAGUACCAUCUGGAACUGGUCAAGCAUAGCAAAGCCUCCAAGGAUGGUGCACGGUUGUACGCCACAGUUAUCCGUAAACACAGCGUGCUUCCCAGACAUCCAACAUUCAUGUACUGUGGCCUGGAGGUAUUCCUGCGAGCCAUGGAGCGUCCUGUAGAAAACCCAGUCGGCCCUCUUGUGGCAGUUGCACGCAUCGUUCCAGACUACCACAACUACAAAGAGGAUGUUCUGAUGGCGUCACCUCGGUCUGCCAAUGUGACCUUGAUGACCGUGACCUUCCCCUCCCCUCACCCGUCUUCCUUCAUCGUCCCUCAGCACCAGAAGGGUGGAUAUCCACAGGUGAGCCUGGCAGCCCGUCCUGAUGAGCAGCCAGUCUGGAACCACUCCUACCUGUUCCACCACAGCAGAGAUAAUGCUACCAUCUUCUCACCUACCUCUGCACUGGUCAUUGAGUACUAUCCAGCCUCUUCAGUUGUGAGUGAGUCGAGUUGGCACAUGCGCAGCCCUAUAGGUUUCUCCUCCAUACUGCUGGACCAGGAUGUGUACCAUGCUCUGACGUCAGAGCCAGGGAGGCUGGGUGUGCGGGUGGAUGGUCUUCUCAUACAGGGUACAAAUCUGAGGACCCAACCAGGGAGCCUGCCCACAGUUGGUGCCAUCCUGAGACUAAUAACAACAGAGCGCCCUGACGGACUCAUCGCCGCGGCCAGUCCGGAACUCCUGCCGUCGCUGGACUCGCUGGUGGACGGCGGUUUCCGCAGACCCAUCUCUCCCCAGUUUGUGCCGCCAUCGCCGGCAGAUGACAUGUUUGACGGCCUGGACGACGUGGAAACUGGCCCGAGUUGGCGCCGCAAAAAUAAACCCAGAAAGCCGUUGAAGGAUGGGGAGUGGCCAGGAAUGGACGCGGUACAGGACGUUCUACCAGAGUACAUCUCAGAGACGACACAACCCCCGCCACGCAGGCCCCCCAAGGACGGUCUGCGUCAGUCUUACCAGCCUGACGACCCCUACUCUCACUCACUACUGGAGCAUCAGUCUAAGGAGCUGGAUAACUACCGUGCAGCGCUGAAGCGGAUGGGUGCAGACAUCCUGAAGCUGCGUGAGGACAUCGCUCGACUGGAGGCAGAGAACAGCCAGCUCAGGAGGAACCUGCACAUGAACAGGGACGCUGCCGACGCACUGGUGGGGCCUGCCGGGCUACAGGCACUCAGCAGGGGGGAUCUCGUGGAUAAAUAUGCCCUGUUACAGCAGAAGGUGAGCCAACAGGCCUCCUCCAUCAAGGGGCAGAAAGAACGGAUACAACAACUGCAGAACGAACUUAUCAAGAAAAAUGACCGUGAGGCAGAGUUGUUAAAGCAGCAGAAAGCACAGAAGCCCCAGCAGCCUGUCGCACCUAAAGUACCUGAGAACGAUGGCAAGAAGAAGAAGAUGGAAGAUACUAUUAAAAGACAAGAGGAGGUUAUAGAGAAGAUGGAAAAGCUUCUGAAUAAACAGUUAGAGAAGGGAACUCUGCCAGCAGACAGGAGUCUGGAGGCACAUUCUGCACUGGCUGCAGAGAACGCACGACUCAGGGACGAACUCAACAGGGCUAAGGAGCCUCCCCAGCCUCACUACCCUCCUGGUGUGAAGAUGGAUGAUGAGGAGAGGCUGGACCUGAUGGCAAAACUGGAGAAGGCAGAGGGGAGAAUCAUUUCACUGGAGAACCAGUUGACAGAAAAUGCCCGCAUGUGGGGUCGGGAGAAGCAGGAGCUUCUGAUCCGGAUGAACGAGCGGGAGAACGGUUUCGCGCGGUCGUCACAGAUGGUUCUUCAUGACUUCCCCAUGUCCAUGGGAGCAACAGUUAAUGGCAGACUGGGAUCACCAAAGUUGGAUCCAAUUAAAUAAAUUGACAGACAUUCACAUGACUGCAGCUUCUCUAAAAAGUUGAAUACCCUGUAAAAUUAUUUUACAUACAGUGACUGUCUUUGUAUGAA